UUGGAAUGAAAUUCCUAGGAUUGCAAAUUGCAACACGAAGUUUAUUUGCUUAUCAUUCCUAUCGAUCCAAAAGAAGAUUGAAGUGAUCUAAAUAUUAUAAUCGUAUACAAAUAUGACUGACAAUACCAAACAAUCAAAAGAUGAAGCUCAGGAGGAAGAUCAAGAAUUAAAUGUUUUGCUUGAUAGUGCUUUACAAGAUUUUGACAAAGUGGCUGUGUCAAAUACUGAAAAGGACAAUACGACAAGUACAUCAGAUUCGCAGAAGCAAAGUGAUAAAUGUGAAACAUCUGAAACGUCUGAAACGUUUGCAGACAAAUGGACAGAAGAUUUUCUUAAACAAACAGCUGAUCAGUUUGAAAAAAAUUUGCAAAACUUAUUACAAAAUGGUAACAAUGAACUAGAAGCUGCUUUGCAAAAGCUUGGAGAAGCAUCGGCCAGUGAUAUAACAGAUGAAGCUAAAGACAAUAUUAGUGCAGAUUUUCAGUCAACUAUUUCACAAGUCUUAAAGGACUUGACUACAAAUUCUGAAAAUUUACAGAAUGAUACAGACUUAGCUGCUAUGCUAGGGCGAACCUCUCUUGAUGGCGACAGUGGUGAUAUAUUACCAUUUAUGCAAGGAAUGAUGGAACACCUUUUAUCAAAAGAAAUUCUUUAUCCAUCAUUGAAAGAAUUAUCGGAUAAGUAUCCAGCAUACUUAGAGGAACACAAAGCAACUAUGAAUCCUUCUGAUCUGGAAAGGUAUACAAAACAAGCGGAGUUGAUGCAAAAGGUGUGUACUGAAUUGGAAAAGGAGAACAAAGAUGAUACGGAAGAAAUUAAAAAGCGUCGCUUUGAAUCUAUAUUGAAGCUUAUGACACAAAUGCAAUCUUAUGGUCAAGCACCAGAAGAUCUUGUUGGUGAACAAUGUUCAUUUUUUCAAUUUGAUUCUGAAGGAAAUCCCAUUCUUCCAUUACCUGGAAUGGACUCCCAACAAGAUUGUUGUGUUAUGUAAAUUUUUUAAGUAUACCUAAAAUAUUGUUUUAUUGAUUU